AUGGACUUUUUGUUUCAGUGCUGUCUCUAUGAGUCCCAAUUUCAAAGUAAGGCAGACUAUGUGCUGGUGAACACAUUCCAUGAACUGGAAGCCCCUGAGACGGUAAGCGCAUUGUCCUGCAAUGGUUGUCCUGCUUUGGCAGUAGGGCCUGUAUUCCUUCCCAAUUUCAUGGAAGGAAGAGAUUUAAACGGGCGCGCGAGUCUGUUCGAGCAGGACGACAACUGUCUUGAAUGGCUUGACGUCCAUCAGCCAACUUCUGUGAUAUAUGUUUCCUUCGGCAGCAUCGCCCUCAAAUCAAACGAGCAGCUGGAGGAGCUCGCAAUCGCGUUGGAGAAAAGCUAA